ACACUGACCAUGGAAUCUUGGAAGUUUACCCUUACCUCGGAUAAUCAAUUUAACAUAUUGAGAGUUAAUCAAUGGUAUAAUGUUACAUUUGUGGCAUUAGUAAAUGGUGCUGCGACAGCGCUUGAUACCCUUUGCUCGCAAGCUUAUACAUCUGGCGAUGUGAAAAUGAUGGGAGUAUAUUUACAACGUGCUAUUAUAAUAGAAUUGUUAGGAUUUAUCCCGAUCGCUUGUAUUUGGUGGGAAUCAGAACAAAUCCUGAUCUUCAUAGGCCAAUCACCUGAAAUUUCUUCAAAAACUGGUUUAUAUCUCAGAUAUUUAUUAAUUGGAGCACCUCCAUACUUAUUGUUUGAAAAUUUGAAGAGAUAUUUACAAGCCCAAG